GAGCCGAAAGUUGAGCAAAAAUUUGUCGAGUCAAGUGUCGAGUCAAGUAAGAAAGGAAAGUCAUUGGGAGUUUGCCUGAACCAGAAUGGUUUUGGAAUCCACGGUUGUAUGCGUCGAUAACAGUGAGUGGAUGAGAAAUGGCGACUUUCUUCCCACGAGACUUCAAGCACAACAAGAUGCUGUGAGUUUAGUUUGUCACUCGAAAACCAGACAAAACCCAGAAAAUAAUGUUGGUCUUAUGACUCUAGCUAGCCUUGAGGUUCUUGUUACAUUAACAACAGAUGUUGGAAAAAUCUUGGCUUCCCUGCACAAAGUUCAGUCCAAAGGGGAUAUCAAAUUCCUCACAGCUGUCAAAAUAGCUCAUUUGGUCCUAAAACAUAGACAAGGCAAAAAUCAUAAAAUGAGGAUUGUUGUAUUUGUUGGAAGUCCUGUUGAAAGUGAUGAAAGAGAGCUUGUGAAGCUUGCCAAGAAACUGAAAAAAGAAAAAGUGAAUGUUGACAUUGUCAACUUUGGUGAAGAGAAUGCAAAUUCUGACAAGCUAACAUCAUUCAUAACCACACUGAAUGGUAAGGAUGGGAACCUGUGUCACUUGGUCACAGUACCACCAGGCCCUCUGCUUUCAGAUGCACUUAUUUCGUCUCCCUUACUGCAAGGAGAAGAUGGAGCCCCAUCUGGAAUGGAGUAUGGUUCAGAGUAUGGAUUUGACCCUAACUCUGAUCCUGAGCUUGCAUUGGCUCUUCGUGUAUCCAUGGAAGAACAGCGACAGCGGCAAGAGGAAGAGGCACGUAGGGCAACGGCAGCUAGUGGAGAAGAGGCUCCUACCGCUGAACCACCCAUUGCUGACAGCGAGGAGGCAAUGCUUCAGCAGGCUUUGUCCAUGUCUACUCCGCAAACUCCAGUAUUUGACUUCAGUGCCAUGACCGAGGAACAGCAGAUUGAGUACGCCAUGAGGCUGUCCCUGCAAAACAUGGAGGCAGACACAGAAGCAGGUGGUGGGAAAGAUCCGUCAGAACAGCUGACUGAGAAGGAAGAAGAGGCUGGAGCUAGUGCAAUGGAGACAGAUGGAAAGGGAGAUGACACCCAAGACAUCACUGGCGUCAUGUCUGACCCGGACUUCAUCAAGAACGUCCUCAGUACGUUACCUGGCGUGGACCCCAGCAGCGAAGCUAUUCAGAAGGUGAUAGGGACCCUCGCUCAACAGGACACCGGCGAGAGUAAGGACCAAGAGGAACCUAUGGAUGAAGACUCCAGCAAAGAAAAGGAGAAGAAAAACGCAAAAAAAUAACAAGAUUUUAUUUGUACAUAGUCCAGUAACUAAAGUAAAAAUCUUGCAAGUGAUAGAUCAAUCGACAUUUUGUUGCUAGACAAGGUCAGGGUUUGUGCCUUCGUAGUAAAUAAAUAUUUGAAACGAU